CUUAUCGUCCGUUGUGUACAGAGGGGAGUGAGCGAGCAGAUGAAGACAUAAGGGGACCCUAGUGCUUAAAUUUAUGGUGGGCAGCGACGGUCGCUUUCAAUGAUGUUUAUGUGGGUGGUGGUGGUUAUUUCAGUGACCCAAUCUAAUGACCCAUACCCUGCCUCACUCGCACACUUGAUUACUAGCUAGCUAGAGAAAAAGGGAUCUUAUUCUUUGAUCAGAAGAAGAAAGCAUCCCAAGCUUUCAGCAUACGUGCUUGGGCGGAAAGGGAAAGUUGCAGAUCUCAUUCAUAAUUUGAUAUGAAAAGAUCUUUCAAUAUGGUGAAUGUACUCUUGGUAGUUACAUUUUUUGGUCAUAUUACAUGGGCUGUCAAGGGCAGCUCACAUUGCAAACAAACAGAACCCUGGGAGAUUCGUCCUCACAGUGUAGCUAUUACCGAAUUCGGGGCGGUUGGAGAUGGUGUCACUCUCAAUACAAAAGCCUUUCAGAAUGCCAUCUUCUACCUCAAUUCCUUUGCUGACAAAGGUGGGGCCAAGCUUUUUGUCCCAGGUGGCCGGUGGUUGACAGGAAGCUUCGAUCUCAUCAGUCACCUGACAUUGUGGUUAGAAAAGGAUGCGGUAAUUCUUGGAUCAAAGGAUCCUGAUGAUUGGCCGAUUGUUGAUCCUCUCCCUUCCUACGGCCGAGGUAGGGAGUUACCUGGAGCAAGACAUCGAAGCCUCAUAUAUGGUUACAAUUUGACCGAUGUGAUCAUAACAGGUGACAACGGAACUAUCGAUGGCCAAGGCAGUGUUUGGUGGAACUGGUUUCAAAGUAAAACUCUGAACUAUACUCGGCCCCAUCUGGUUGAGUUGAUGAAUUCAAAUGGGGUUGUAAUCUCAAACUUGAAUUUCUUGAAUUCUCCAUUUUGGACAAUCCAUCCUGUAUACUGCAGCCACGUCACAAUCCGGAAUGUCACAAUUCUGGCUCCUCUGGAUUCACCGAACACAGAUGGGAUCGAUCCAGAUUCUUCUGAUGAUGUGUGCAUUGAAGACUGUUAUAUUAGCACUGGGGAUGAUCUAAUUGCCAUCAAAAGUGGGUGGGAUGAGUAUGGCAUUUCAUAUGCUCGCCCCAGCACAAAUAUUAUCAUCCACCGGCUCACUGGCCACAAUCGAAACGGCUCUGGGAUUGCAAUUGGAAGUGAGAUGUCCGGAGGUGUUUCUGAAGUUCAUGCAGAAAACCUGUAUUUUUUCAAUACAAGCACGGCUAUCAUACUAAAGACUGCUCCUGGAAGGGGUGGUUAUGUGAGAAAUAUCUAUAUAUCAGAUGUUACCUUGGCUGAUGUAGACACAGCUAUAAGGUUCAAUAGUAAUUUUUCCGAGCAUCCUGAUGAUUUUUACGAUCCAAAUGCUCUCCCUGUAAUAGAAAGGAUCACAGUUAAAGAUGUCAGAGGAGAUAACAUAAAAGUUGCAGGCCUCCUCAAUGGCAUAGAAGGGGACAGUUUUCGUCAUCUUUGCUUAUUGAGUAUUACCCUCAAUGUAACCUCGGAGUCUCCAUGGAAUUGCUCGUACAUUCAAGGGUACUCUGCCUUGGUUUCCCCCGAAACUUGUGAACCUCUAAAGGAAAGCAUCUACCCCAAGCAUUAUUCUGAUUGUUACCAUCUAUCGAAUCAUUUGCAUAGUUCAGCCCGUCGUCAUCUUCACGGGGAAACGAUGACCGACAUACGAAGUUGACUGGAGUAGCUUGUGGUUGUCCAUUUGUUAGAAAGAUUGUUUCUUGUAAGUUUGUUUGCAGUAACAAAUAAUUGAGUGAUUUGUUAGAAAAAUGAAGCUUAUGGCUUCUUUCAAAGGCAUUUUUCCCACUCUUUCUUUGGCUUGUUAUAAAUUUUGAUAUGUUGCUGAAG